UUUUUAAUCCUACAGAAGGAAUCUUGUCAAGUUGUAUAUGUAUAGGUUAUAUUUACAUCGGAUGUCGGAGUUUCUAUUCUAGCUUUUAGAUGAAGGAACUGAAAGUUAUUAAAAUUGAAUUAAAAAAGAUAUAUUUAAUUUAUAAUUGAUAAACGUGGUGGUGGUAUAUAAUGUGCAUCCAUUAAAUUGUGAACAUGUUAUCUAGAAAGAACAAAGAUCUGAGAACAAUAAAGGAAGGCGUCGAAGGAAAGUAUGUUAAAAAGGAUGUCCCACCUGGAAUACCGAUUAUCAACGUUUGGACUACAGAACCAAAACGUAGAUUAUCAACCCCAGCUACACAAAGUUCUUCUGGGAACAAUGGCCAACCAAAUACUAUUCAGAAAUUUGGAAAUCAAAAAACUACUGUCAGUGAUGUCGGAUUAGGGGCACAUGAAGGAAAGUACACUCCCAGUUCAUCUGUACCUGACUUAGCAACACGAUUUGCAAAUCUAUCAGUAGGAUUAACAACUAACGAAUCAUCUACUUCUACACAUAAUGGUGUGAAUCAUAAUAUUCCACAAUCUUAUACAUAUCCAAAUCAUUACAUAAAUUCUUCCUACAUAUUUGAUAACUCAUCUAGCAAUGCAAACUAUGUGGAAAUAGAUCAGAUAUAUCCAAUAAAAGAAGCAAAUUCCAAUACUGCAGCUGGCUAUAAAGAUAUGAAUUACAAUCAAAAUCAUUCGCCAAUAUAUCAAAAUACAAUUGAGACUGUUAACAUGGGAAGAUCUCACAAUCAGUAUGCCAUAGAGACAAGCAGAAACCAGUUAACUUCACCUAUUUAUAGCAAUUUAAAUGCAGAAAGAUAUCGAUCUCAUUCUGAUGGAAUGACAUAUGGAGAGCUUUUGGCUCAUCAAUUAAGACAAACUUUUGAUAGAUCUGAGAAUAGUCAAGAGCAAUCUGAAGAACUGCCACUGCCUCUUGGAUGGUCGGUGGACUAUACAUUAAGAGGUCGAAAGUAUUACAUAGAUCACAAUACAAAGACGACUCAUUGGUCUCACCCACUGGAGAGAGAGGGUUUGCCAACUGGCUGGCAAUGUAUACAGUCACCAAUUUAUGGGGUGUACUAUGUAAAUCAUAUAACUCGUCAAGCUCAAUAUGAACACCCUUGUCUGGUACCUUGUUAUAAUUACCAAUCAGAAGUGAGAUAUUUGAACCCGCCAAGACACACUCAUUAUCAGCCUCACAGCGUUCUUGUUCCAGCCAAUCCAUACUUGCUAGAGGAAAUCCCCCAUUGGCUAAUAGUUUAUUUCAAAGCAAGUAUAGAGCUGGAUCAUAAGUUAAGAUGGGAUAUGUUUCGUCUCAAUGAGCUUGACUGUUACAAUGCCAUGCUAACAAGACUUUAUAAGCAAGAAUUGCAAAAGAUUGUGAUGCGUUAUGAAUCAUAUAGGUCAGCUUUGCUGGUAGAAAUGGAGAAAUUCAGAAAUCGAAAAAGUACUCAAAACAUGCUUCGCCACUGAUACAAACUUAUUUAUUCCUACUU